AUGAGUGAUAAUACAAUUUGUAAUUGUUGCAAUUCACUAUUUGCGGACCUCGAUGUUCCUAUCAAGUGUGAUGGGUGUGCUUUGUUAUUUAACCCGAAAUGCUCAGGACUAUCUGCCUCUGAACUAAAAUGCCUGGGAUUGAAAAAUCGACUGCUUAAAUUUUUCUGUUCUGACUGUGAAAAGGGUCUUAAAGAAUUACCAGAGCUCAAAUCGCUGUUAAAUAAGCUGCUUGUUGAAGUUGAAAAUUUGAAGUCAAAUUUAGGUAAUAAUUCAAAUCUCUCUAAUGAGUUCAUUAUUAAUGAAAUUAAUGAGCACAAUAAACGGGCGAAAAAUGUUAUUUUCUAUAAUAUCCAAGAAAGUAAUUCCAACCAGACCGGUGAGAGAUUAUCUUACGAUAACAAACAGGUAAACAGAACUAUUGCAUCUAUUUUAGUUGACACUGAUAAUCUACCUACACCGCUAAAGGUCAUUCGUCUUGGUCGUUAUCAACCUGGUAAACUACGUCCUAUCAAAGCUAUCUUUGAAUCCGAUUCCAUAGUGUUUGAUAUUAUUCGAAACAAAAAUAAACUGACUCAUUCAAAUCCGCCGUCUACAAUAUAUAUAUUUACGGAUAGAACCCCUUACCAGAGAGACUAUAUGAAGAGCUUGAAGGAAGAGCUGAUGACACGUACUAAGAAUGGUGAAGCAGGAUUAACUAUAAAAUUUAUUAAAGGUACACCUAAAAUUGUUAUCGUUAAUACUGCGUCUAAUACUCUUAAUAAUAGUCAAAAUUUUCGUUAA